UAUUAAUUUUUUUUUUUUUUUUAUCAAUAUUUGAUUUAUUAAUUUAACAAUAUUAUGUCUGUUCUAACCCUUUGUUUUGGUACUUGUGGAAUACGUUUUACCCAUAAUCUUUAUUCCACUAUUUUUAAUGACAAUAAUGCUUCUGAUCCUAUUGUUACUCAACAUGUUAAUCAAGAGUACAAACAUUCAAGUGAGUCUUAUUUCUUUGAAUUAAAAUCUAAUGGUUAUUUGGAACCCAGGUCAAUUUUAAUAGAUAUAGGAGAUCCUAAUAUUGGUGAUACCUUGAAAAAAUUAAAAAAUAGUAGUUGGGGAUUUGGACAAAAUUCAUUAGGAUUUAAUUUUGUUGAAGGAUCAACAAAUAACUGGUCAUAUUGUUACUAUGUCAAAGGUCCUGAAAUGUUUGAUGAUGUUUCUAGUCGGUUGAGAUUUGAAAUAAAUAAAAUAGAUAAAAUUGAAUAUUUUUUAAUAAUAUUAUCACCUUCUGGUGGUUGUGCUGGAUCAGCAUGUUAUAUACUUGAAAAAUUAAAACAAGAUUUUCCUAAAAUUUCUUUUAUUGUAGUUUUUGUCAUGCCAUAUCAAUCUAAAGAUGCUAUCCAAAAUUACAAUACUUCUUUUACUAUUAGCAAAUUGUACAAUUUAUCUGAUUGUAUUUUUUUAUUUGAAAAUUCUGUUUUACAAGAAGUAUGUCAAGCUGGACAUUCAGAGGUCAAAGUUUCAUUUGAUGAUUUAAAUCAAAUAGGCUGUAAACAAUUAAUAUCUAUUUUUCAACCUGUAGAACAUCAUACAUUCCCUUAUUUUCUAUCACUUGUAAAUGAUCAAAAAUAUAAAAUUUUAAAAUUAAUAUCGUCCCCAAAUUAUAGAAAAGAAUAUUCUUCUUAUGAAUCAACUCCUAGAUGGGAAGCAAUUGUGAAUCAAACUAUACGCUUGUUAAAUGCAUCACAUUGUGUAUCGUUUGGAAACUUUGUUAUAUAUCGAGGUGAUACUUCCAGUUAUGUUGAUAAAUUAAAUUUUUCUGAGAAGUUAAAUACUUUAUCUUUUUCUAAACAUAUUUUAGAAGAACACAAAUUUUCACAAAUGUUUCAACAAAGACAUUUUUUGGGUUCCAAAUAUUUAAGUGUAUUGUCAAAUAACUCAACCAAUGUUUCUGCUUUAAACUCUGUAAUAAAAUUAGCUAAACGGGCUUUUUCUCAUAAAGCAUUUGUGCAUCAUUAUAAUCAAUAUAAUACAAAUAUCAAUGAUUUUAAAAACGUUUUUUCUAAUGUAAACCAAAUUAUUAAAGACUAUUAUGAAUUAGAAUGAUAUUACAUUUUCAUACUAAAUAGAUUUGUUUUAAUUUUAUUAACUAUUAGAUCUCAACAUAUUAGUAAUAUGUAAUAAUAUUUUCUAGUCAGCUGUCACAAAUUAGUUUUAAGGUGUUCCUAUUUAUUUUUCACUUUAUUCCUAUUUUAACCAAAUUUUUAAUUAUUGAUACCUAUUUAUAUAAUAUAAUUAUAAACAAUAUAUAUAUUUUUUUUUUUAGUGUGCUACCGAAAUUGUACAUAAUUAAGUGUCAUUUUAACAAAUAAUAAAUCAUCUUUUAGUUUUAAUAAAACACACUUAUGUGUUCAUUAUUCAUAUUAUUAUUUUUUUUAUUUUCAUCCCAUAUUUAGUUGAAUAGUUAAAUUUUUGUUUAUAAUAUCAUAUAAAUAUUUAUAUUAUCAUUUGAUAUUGUAUAAAAUUUUGUUAAUAAGCUUUUAAUAAAGUUAAUGGCUGGCAUGUCAUAUGCUUUAUUAUCAGGUUUACUAAUAUUCAUUAGUAUUUAAUGAACCCAUAAAUAUUUAGCUUAAUCAUGAAAACCAUCGAUUAUUUAUUGGUUCAUUUAAUUUUUAUACAGUUUUAAAUUUAUUAAAACUGCUGUGGAACCCUGUUAUAAAUUAACACUUAUUUAGUUACUGUAAACAUAAUAUCGCAUGGUAUAUAUUUUGGGUUUUUUUUUUAAGUAGCUAAUAAAUCUUGUGUAAAUACAAUAUAAAAUUUAAAUUUAAUAUACUCUGUAUACGCCUAUUCAACUACUGUUAAUAAUAUUAAUUUACUAUAGAUUCCAGCCUAGUAUUUAACGUUUAUUGUUUUAUAAACAGUUAUCAUUAUUAGUGUUUUUGUCUUCACAAGUGUUUGGUUAUUUCAAGAUUUUAUAAAUUAUUUAUUUUGUUUCUCAACAUCAACAGAAAAUCAUCACAAUUUUCUUAUGAGUGAUUCAUGUCUAUUCAGUUGGACACCGAUCAAGUUGAAUAGGUGUACAUGAGGUUUUUAUAUAAAUCAAAGGUAACAUUUUUAAAUAAUGUACACAAGGCCUUUUUUUGUCAAUCACUAUUUAAUAACUAUUAAUUAUUAAAUUUUUGUUCUUUAUUUAAUAAUUGAAUU